UUGAUGAUGGCGUGUCUCCAGGUGGGGAUGACCGGACUUUUGACCAUGCUGGCAAUGCCCGUUUUUCUGGCCACCGGACUUCCAGAGGUGGAAGCGGAGCAGGGCUUGCUCGACAUCGUGGAGAAAGAGUCCCAUCCACUUUUGCACAGACAGAAGAGAGAAUGGAUCUGGAACAGUCUUUUCGUGGAAGAGGAGAAAAAUAAGUCGCUCCCUUUCAAGAUAGGACAACUUAAGUCCAGUCAAGUAGUCCCACAUAGGAGCUUUGAAAUCGAAGGAGAAGGCGCCAACUCCAUCUUCACAGUGAAUGGAAAAGGAGACCUGUUUGUCACCAAACCUCUGGACAGAGAGAAGAAGGCCUCUUACCAUUUGACUGCGAAAAUGUACGACGGGAACAAAAAGCUGGUUGAAAAUGCCGGAGAAUUCGUCGUCCAGGUGACGGACAUCAACGACAACUGUCCCGUUUUCCCCAAAUCGUACAACGAAUCCAUUAUGGAAAGGUCCGAAAUAGGAACAGAAGUGGUUACGGUGACGGCGACUGAUGCUGAUGAUCCCACCACGAGCAACGCGGACCUCCUGUACUCGCUGGUCCCAGGAAGGGGGACUUCGGCCUUCAGAAUCGACGGCGCCACAGGUGCGAUCAGCGCCAACAUAAACUCUCUGGAUCGGGAAAAAAUGAGCCAGUAUGUGGUGGUCGUAAAAGUCUUGGACAUGGGAGGAAAAUCCACCGGAUGCCCAGCCACCACCUCGGUGACCAUCACCAUCAGCGACGCCAACGACAACUUAGCCUCCUUCAGCAGAAGUACGUAUGAGGUGGAGGUUCCUGAGGACCACGAGCUCAACAAGAAAUUCCUCACUCUAAUUGUGGAUGACAGGGACAGGCCUGAGAACAAACAGCCCAUUUUUAACAUUCCAAGUGACCACAGCAAAAUUUUCUACAUCAAGCCGAACAGCAACAAGGAUGGAGAGCUCACGCUCAAACAGGUUUUGGAUUAUGAGACAAAGAGCAUCUACACUUUUGCUGUCCAGGUGGAAGAAAAGCUGCGUUUUCCUGCAGAAAACCUGAACAGUGCGAUCACCAGGGCACAGGACAUCAACGACAACCAGCCUGAGCUAACUGUGGAUGAAAUCUUCGUUUGUGAGAACGACGCCACCAAUACAGUGAUAGGAACCUUGGGAGGACACGACAUAGAUGACCGAGAAGCCACCUUUACCUUCAGUCUGGCCAGAGAAAGCUCCAAUUUUUCCAUCAAAGACUAUGGCAACAGCACAGCGGCCGUGAUGGUGAAACGGGGCCCGUUCAGCCUGGACGACCCCAACGACUACAGCCUGGACGUGCUCAUCGGCGAUGGCGGGCAGCCCGUGCUGACCAGCGUCACCACGCUGGCCAUCAAGUCCUGCCGCUGUGACGCCCGGCGGGUUCCCAUCCAGUGCAAGGCCGGGGCCCGCAGGACGGGGGUCAGCGUCCACGCCCUGGUGGCCAUCCUGCUGUGCAUCCUCACCAUACUGGUCAUAGUCAUCCUCUUCGUGAUGAGGAAACGCUACCAGAAGGACUCUCUGGCCAAUAUGAAGAACAGCGGAGAGAUCCACGAGCAGCUGGUCACCUACGAUGAGGAGGGGGGGGGAGAGAUGGACACCAACGGCUACGACGUGUCCAUCCUCACGUCGGCCUGCCACGACGGCUCGCUGCUGCGCCACCCGGACCACCCCCCCCACCCCUCUCUGUACGCCAUGGUGCAGAAAGCCCCCCACCACGCGCAGCAGCCGCCGCCCGCGGCCUGCAAGGGCGACAUGGCCGCCAUGAUCGAGGUGAAGAAGGACGAGGCCGACCACGACAGGGACGGCUACCCCUACGACACGCUGCACAUCUACGGCUACGAGGGGCCCGAGUCUUUGGCCGGGAGCCUCAGCUCCCUGGACAGCUCCUCCGACGGAUCGAACUUGGAUUACGACUUCCUCAACGAAUGGGGGCCCAGGUUCAGGGCCCUGGCCGAGCUGUACGGGGUCGACGGAUCCGACUACCACCAUCAUUACUGA